GUUUGACACAUACGUACUUCCAUAUGUGAUUUCACAUGAAUGAAUGGAAAGAUGGUUCAGUUCAAACAUUUUUUGAAGUGUUAUUCCUAAAACUACAUUAUUAAAUAGUUUAUGUUUAAAACAAGAAAGUGUUCAUUUUUUUUAUUGAAUAAAUCAAUAUGUAAAACGAGCGUACAUUAAUUUACGAAAUAGUUUUGUUUCCACGUGAGAUUCGUAAGUCAUAAUCUCAAAUAAUGGCCAAAUCCGGUAAUGUUAAAGAAUGUACUAUUGGUAUAGAAGAAAGUAUUCUCUGUGGUGAUGGUAUGAAAGAAUACCUUGAGCCUAGAUUUGAGUGUCCUAUUUGUUUAACCUGGCUACGCGAUCCAGUUUUAACAUCUUGUGGUCAUAAAUUCUGUUCGCAAUGUAUAUACACUUGGCUUCAAAAGGAAGGUGCUUGUUGUCCAGUUGAUAGUCAGCCAUUAAAGUCUGAAAGUGAUUUGUUCAGAGAUUUAUAUACGAGCAGAGAAAUAUCACAACAACGUACACCUUGUCUUUAUCAACAGUUCGGUUGUGAAAUUAAACUAUCUCCAGUGGAUAUGGAAGCUCAUAUUAAUCAAUGUAUAUAUAAAAGAAGUCUUCCAGAUUCACAAAAUAUUUAUUGUCAUUUUAAAAAUGUUGGCUGUAUAGAAAUUUUUCACACCGAAGAUGAUUUACAUACACACUUAGAAACAAAUAUUAGUCUUCAUUUAACUAUGAUUUUAAAAACAUUACCACAAUCAUCUCUAGCCCAAAAUCAUGCUAAUGCACUAACUGCUGAGUCAAAAUUAUGGGACCCACCACCCAAAAGUGCAACAUCUUUAGUUAAUAGUGAACCACCAAUGGAGUGGCAGCAGUUAUUAAAGAAUCUGUAUGAGAGAAUAGUAACAUUGGAGCAACAAAAUAGAGAACUUUCUAUUACCGUGUCUAAUCAAAAGACUCAACUUACUACUUUACAAACUUCUUUGAGAUUUAAUCAAGAAGAAAUGUUUUUACGUAGCUGUAAUGGUGUAUAUAUUUGGAGAUUGCAUUCUUUCCAGGACAAGCUUGAAAGUAUGAUAAAUGAUCCCUUAAAAAUGUUUUACAGUCCUGGUUUUUAUACUAGCCCUAAUGGAUAUAAGAUUUGUGCCAGAAUUAAUAUAUCUUCAAAAGAUUCAGAAUUUCUCUCAUUACUUCUACAUAUAAUGAAGUCAGAAAAUGAUGAUGGUUUAGAUUGGCCAUUUAAUGGUAUAAUGUACUUUAUUUUAGUCCAUCCGCAUGAUUAUGAAAAAGACAUACGAGAAAUAACUUCAUCCAGGCCAGAUUUAGAAGCAUUUAGAAAACCAGUCUGUGAAUUGAACAAACGAAGUUUUGGUUAUACGGAAUAUGUACGAAUACGAGAUUUAACAGAUUUUUUGCAUAAUGAUUACUUAAUUUUUAGAAUUGAAGUUCGUGUCCAAGAUAAGUUUACAAUAUCAAUGUAAUAUAGUAUUUUUAGUAACA